GCCAGCGUCAUGCGGUUCGUGCUUUGGCUCAACGCCGCCAACAAGAACAAGGGAAGGUCCUUCUUCCUCCCGCCCGAGCUCACCGUCGCCAGUCUCUACACGCAGAGCAGUUCCCUCGCCGGCAGCCUCCACGCGCACAGCGGCUCGCCGCCGGCAGCCUCUACACGCAGAGCAACCCUCCUCCGACAACCUCCACACGCACAGCAGCUCCCUCGCCGGCAGACUCCACGCGCACAGCGCCUCACCGCCGGCAGCCUGUACACGCAGAGCAGCCCUCCUCCGACAACCUCCACACGCACAGCAGCUCCCUCGCUGGCAGACUCCACGCGCACAGCGGCUCCCCCGCCGGCAGCCUCCACGAGCACAGCAGCUCCUCCGCAGGCAGCUUCCGUGCGCUGUAGCCAUCACUUACUGGCAGUCCUUGUGCCGACUUUGCCUAGGUUCCGAUUUGUGUUGCUGUGGUAUGCUGACCCAUGUGUCGAUCCAAUCUGAGUGUUGUGUUCCGACCUUUCUGGUGUCUCUGUGUUCCGGCCUACGCGCUGUUGUCACAUUCCGCCCUGCGAACCGAUGUCAUACCCCGGUCGUGUCGCCAUUGUAUUCCGAUUGUGUGUCACCUUUCAGAUCCAUGCUGCGUUGUCACCUCCGGACCCAGCUCCUCUUCGGUCGGUUCAGAGGCAUCCACCCUUCCGGGUCACGACGACUCGAUCAGCUUCACGACCAGCUCACCGCUCCACCUGAGGGCGCCCCCCGGGGUCAGGGGAUUGUUGACCAGCGGACUUUAGAUGACUUGGUCAACGCAGAAGACAGCUCGCCACCGGGUCAUGGGGAUACGGUCAACCUUCCAGACACGUCAUGCCGACAGUUCCAUCAUCUCAACUUCCCGACAUGAUCAUUAAUUAUAUAGAGAAUUUCUAUAUAUAUUAGUAAAAUACAUAUCCUAAUAACAUUCUCAGGUCCAAAGAUAUAUUAAAGGUAAAAAGAUAAUAAUUACAAGUAACUAAUAACAUGAUUACCCAUAAUUAACAUAGAUUGUGGCUACGGACAAAAACCCUCGCCGCCAAGAC